AUGGCUGGCUUUGUGAAGAAGUGUCCGUGUCUACGGCCACAGAUAGAGGAGGAUGUCCGAGAGUUGGACUAUCGGCAUUGUAGUUUAACAGACGUUCCAUCGGAAGUCUUUAACUUUGAACGAACCCUUGAAGAGCUAUUUGUUGAUUCUAAUCAGAUCCGAGAUUUACCGAGGGAGUUAUUCUCCUGCCAUGGGAUAAGGAAGCUGAGCUUGAGUGACAAUGAGAUCACACACAUCCCUCCAGCAAUUGCUAGCCUCAUCAACCUGGAAGACCUCGACAUCAGUAAAAAUGGUAUCAUUGACAUGCCAGAGAACAUCAAAUGUUGUAAAUACCUACAUACAGUGGAGGCCAGCGUCAACCCACUCGGAAAGUUACCAGAUGGCUUUACACAGCUCCUCAACCUUACUCAACUGUUUCUCAACGACACAUUCCUCGACUACCUCCCAGGAAAUUUUGGCAGACUGUCUCGUUUAAAAAUUCUGGAGAUUCGUGAGAACCACUUAAAGACACUUCCAAAGUCAUUCUCACGUCUUACUGACCUGGAGAGGCUUGACAUCGGCCAUAACGAGUUCAUAGAGCUGCCAGAUGUAAUAGGGAACUUGACAGGACUGUUGGAAUUAUGGUGCGACCACAACCAGAUAGCCCAGGUCACUCCGAUGAUUGGAAACCUGAAACAGCUCAUGUUCCUGGACUGCACCAAGAACAGGAUCCAGACUUUGCCCAAUGAGAUAGAAGGAUGUGUGUCUUUGGCUGACCUUCACCUCACAGGCAACCACCUUCAAGGUCUUCCUGAAUCAAUGGGUAAUUUAGAACACAUCACCACACUGAAGGUAGACGGGAACCAGCUGACGUCCUUACCUAACACAAUAGGAGGUCUGACAUCUUUAUCUGAACUCAAUGUUAGCCGUAAUGACCUUGAGGAUCUGCCAUCGUCCUUAGGACUCCUGCGGAAUUUACGGACAUUUUAUGCAGAUGAGAAUUGUUUGGAAAUGAUUCCGGCUGAGCUGGGCAGCUGUAGCGGGAUCACUGUGCUCUCAUUGCGCAGCAAUAAACUGGAAUACAUCCCAGACGAGCUUGGACGUAUUCCACGCCUACGUGUACUCAAUCUCAGUGACAACCUCCUGAAGUUCUUACCCUUCUCUGUCACCAAACUCAAGGAGCUGCAGGCCCUCUGGCUGUCUGAAAACCAGACACGGCCCAUUGUCCCAUUCCAGUCGGAGAUUGAACCAGAAACAGGGCGUAAGAUCCUAACUUGCUAUCUACUGCCUCAGUGUCCAUCAGAGGAUUCUGGUGACUUGAAUGGUGGCGGAGACACAGAUAGUUUCCAUGCCUCAAUUUGGGAUGAGGAACGUGAGCGGAGACAACAGAUCCACUUUGAGUUCACAGAGGAACUGGAUGAGGAUGGCAAGCUAGUCAGGUGUCCCACCCCAUAUCCUAAAGAGAUGCGAGAAAAGAUUCGGCAUGCUCGCAACCUUGCGGUUCGUCAGAAACUUUCAGGAGAUGGACGUCCUUGGAGAGGUGGAGAGGAUAAUAAAGCAUUUGACAGAGAGAGUGGACAUGGCAUUGUGUCUGGUUCAGCUGACCAUGGUGAUGUCAGACUGCGCGAGGCCAGGAUAAGCAAACCAUCCUCUCCCACCCUACAGGAAACCCAUAGACUGUACAAGUAUGACAGGGAGAAAUUGGCCAAGGACAAGGCUCGCAUGCAGCAGAACCGACACAGUUCACCAGAAACAUUUAUCCUUGACCUCUCCCAGUCUAAUCAUAAAGGUGACAACAUAUCAGCCAUCAGCCGCCCAGACAGUCCAAAGAAAGGAGGUAAAUUCUCCCCCCGCAAACACAGACAAGAUGAAGAUGACGGAGGAUUUUCUGCCAGAGACUCAUCUAAACAGUCUCAUCACAGUUCCAACCCCGAUUUGGCGGUCAAGUCUGUGGGUGUGUCAGCUAUGGGUGUGUCAAGUGUAGGUGUAUCGGCUCGAGCUACGGAGUCGAUCGGAGUGACUGCAAGGAGCUCUUCUAACCAAAAUAGCAAUCAUGGGAUGCCAGGAUUUGCUUAUGUGAACCCAAAAGACUUAGAGGCAUCAUUUUCUCAAUACAGUAUGUUUGGCCGAUCAGUGGACCCAGCCUACCAUAGUAAUAAGAAAAGUUAUCACAGUAACCAACAUCGUGGCGGCCGACAUCGGACGCGAGAUUAUGAUUCCGACACAGGAUAUCGUAGUGAGACAGAAGUGGCAAGGUUUCAUAGACAGCAGGUUCUUGCACAACAGCAAGAACGUCGUGGUUAUGAGAGUGAACGCGAGUCUCGAAGUGCUCGAUGGAAAGGACGUGAUGGAUACUCAAGUGAUAUUGAAUAUUACCAAGGUCGUGGUGGUGACUCCAGAGACAUUGCUUAUAGAGGAGUGCCACUACAUCAACAGCACAAUGCAAACAGUCUUCCUUAUGAUCUUAAUGAUUCACAGAGACAGUUAAAUCAAAUGCCACACAAAACUUCAAAUCCACAUUUAAGCAUAAAGGGUAGUGAUAUGUACUUGGACAGUAUGCACAUGACAAGUAGUAAUGCUUACACAGAAAGUCAGAAACCUACAAGGAAAUCUGAAUUGUAUAUGGACCGAUCAUAUUCCCAUCCCUCUAACAACAUGGACCGAUCUUUACCCCCACCCACACACAGUGUAAAUAGAACGUUACCCCCUCCCUCACCUAGUCAGUUUCACAGAAGUAAGAUUGUUGACCAAAGUACUCCUACAACUGCUGAACCUCCGCAGGGCUUCCCACCAGGAAGCAUUGAAAGGUCAAGGUCAAAUAGUGAUAAUGGCAGUCAUGAUGACGGUGAUGUGCGUGUGUCUGACCAGAGAAGAGAUAUGUACAAUAGUAAUAACAUGAGGGACUAUCCUAAUCGUUCAUCUCCGUCCAAUCAAAGCAAUGGUUUGCCUCCUCCGUACAAACCUGCACCCCCAUACCUCUCAUCUCCAGGACAGAAAAAACUCCCUCCUACACCUAACAGGAAUUCACCAUAUGGCAUCAUAAAUUAUGAUAGAAGGGGAAAUAACUCUCCCACUAUGCACCAGAGACUUUCAGGAAUGACAAUCCAGGAACAGAUGGAGAACAGGACAGAGUCUAACAAGUAUGGUGACACGAACAGGAUGUCUGGUAACAUGGACUACAGCCGAGGAAAUCCAUCCAGACAACUGGAAAAGGAAUUUCUUUACACAGACAGAAAUGGUUCUGAUGGUUUGUCUGAUUCACACAACGACUCUCGAACAUCACAGGACGAUUAUAAGUUUAAUUAUAAUAGUGAUCCGUCGACAUUGUCAGUGUCUCCAGACAGAUCCAGGACUCCAGUGUCUGGUUCUUUUGAUGAACACCGUGAAUCUCCACGAGAAUCUGGCUAUAGCAGUAGAGAACAUAGUAGUCAUAGAAACUCUCCAUUUGACACUCCCCAAAAGUAUGACCAGACCACUCAUUCAGGGUUGUAUAAUCAUAUGCAUCAGGGGUCGUUUGGGGAUAGCAGUGAAGGUCGCGUUCCAAACAUGUCAAACUGUGAGGAUGGUAAUGCCUUUGAGAACAGUAAUUCAGAGCCCACCUCGCAAGUAUCAAGUUCCUCAGACAGUGGGUAUUACCAUGGCCAGCAUUUUGACAAGACGGCUGACACUCCAACUAAAUAUUCAGAUUACAGUUAUCCUCAGGAGCCCCGACAAGUUGUAUCACCAGGACAACAGUAUCCUUACACCCCAUAUGCAACACCUGUAAGGUCUUCCCCAAGGGGAGGGGGAACAACUCCUGAUCAGACCCGCGAUUCUCGCCCACCAAUCAAAAUGAUCCAGAAUGACUUGAAGGGAGAUAAGUUCCGCGUGACAAUAAAAAAGAAUCCUGGCUUAGGGUUCAGUAUCGCAGGAGGAUACGGUGCCCAUGGCAACCCCUACAGAGCAGGAGAUAAAGGUAUCUUUGUGACAAAAGUUCAAUCCGAAGGACCCGCAGCUAUGUCACUUAACCCUGGUGAUAAGAUCCUUGAGGUAAACGGCCAUGAUUUCACCAAAAUCCACCAUGAUAAUGCAGUAUCCAUUAUUAAGCAGUGCAGUAGUGUGUCUAUGAAUAUAGAAAGGGUUUAUACUGUUUGAUGGGAACAACAUGGCCGAAUUGCUGGAGCAUACAUGCAUGGUUACCAGGGAAUCUUGUAACACUAACUGAUCUUGCAACUUGGAAGCAAUAUCCGGGAAACCAAGCCAGAAUUUUCU